CUUCAAAUCAAUCAUCAUUGCAUGACUUUUUAAAUAAAAAAACACUUUUACCAUCUUCAAAACGUGAUAAAAUUACAAAUCGCAUUUUAGCUUGGGUUGUAGACGAUUUCCAAUCAUUUUAUGCUACCACUAAUA